AUGUUCUUCCUCGAUAACGGAGGGAAAGGGUUGAUAAAGGUGCAGCGGAGGACCCAGAGGAGCCGACGAGUUAAAAAAAGAAGAGACACCUUGUCUGGUAUCCUACUGUUUUAUCUCCGUAAUACUACUUUGCACUGCAUCAAAUAUGUCGUGGACUUGGAGAUGCAUUGGAUAGAGCGAUUAAUAUGGUUCGUCCUUUUUAUCUCCUCGGCUGGGUGCGCCAUUGUGGUUAUAUACCUGCUAUCGAUGAGAUUCGAGGAGGCGCCAACAUCUACCGUAGUGGAGACGACGAAUUUCAAAAUUUCAGCGGUGCCUUUCCCGAGUGUCACCAUUUGCCCGACUAAUCGCGUGGAUUGGGAAAAAGCUAUCCAAGUGGAAAGUAAAUACGUACCGAGCCACGACCCGGAAACAAUUGCCACCUUCAGAGAAAUCCUCACUAAACUGUCCACGAUUACGUUCGGAGACUUCGAGCACCUGGCCUUUUUAAAAAAUCGCUCGUUGCGAGCACUAGCCGGUAUUAACGUAACGCAAGUGCUAUUGGAUGUUACACCAAAUUGCCAAGACGUAUUUUCAUCCUGCUGGUGGCGAACAUCUUACAGAGAGUGUUGCGAGAUACUGGAGCUACAGAAAACAGAAUACGGUUUCUGUUACUCUUUCAACUCCAAUAACUCCAUGAAGUUCCGCGGCACAUCUUGGAACAACGAAGAUCGGUCGAAAAGAGUUACCGAAUACGGUAAUUGGAGCGGUGUGCGCCUUAAAGUACACUUUGGUAACAUUACCCAACCACCUGAUUCUAAUAAUCAUCGAGGGAUCAUAUUGAGCAUAUAUCAACCUGGAGCAUGGCCAAACGGCGGUCAUUUAAUUGCAAAUGGAAUGGCAGUUGACGUGCCUUUGAGAUGCACUUCUGGAUACGCAACGGAAUCGGUAUUAGGACUGGGCGAUAACAGAAUACCCUGUAAACCAGGAGGCAGGAACAAUUACAAUCGCGAGUACUGCCUCUCGAUGUGCAAGCGGUCAUACGUGUACAAAUACUGCGGAUGCAAUCCUUCUUUUUUCUUCCCCCAGGAUUCAACUAACGAGUGCACCAUUGAAGAUUUCGUUUGUUUGACGAAACAUAACAUCAUGUUUAACACUUACUAUGACGACAAGGACGAUCAUACCAUUGUUGACCAAUCGCAUGCAUUGCGAUGCGACUGUCCACCCGAAUGUGAAUUUAGCAGCUACAUGACAAAGAUCAUCGGUAUGCCAAUCGUUGAACGGUCGCACAUUGAACUGGAUAUUCAUUUUGAAUCGCUCAAUUGUCUGCGCUAUCGAACGGAUGUCGUGUACACGAAACUCGAUUUGUUAGUUUCGUUUGGAGGCAUCAUAGGUCUGUUUUUCGGUGGGUCUCUCCUAAGUGCGGUUGAAAUUCUGUACGCCAUUCUAUGCGCGAUACAUCUUUACUUCUAUCGGCGUAAAAAACGCAAAUCCCUGGACGGUAAAAGUGGCCAUCGAGUUAUACGGAGACCGGGGAUAUCGACGAUUGUUCCACUUAUUGAUUACCCCGACGUGAGAAGACAAUUUUAUGACUAAUUCGUACCCUUCUCAAUACCGAUAAG